AUGGAUGGGACAAGAGUACCAAGCCUGGAUACAUUCACGCGCUGGUUUUGUGUUGGCCAUGGUGACGAUUUCCGCAAGGAACGACACCAAAAAAUCCUACGGACCGAAGAAGCGCAAGGAUUGCGAUCACUCAAAUCUGAUCAAGGCGUUAUUUUUGUUCGCGCUGACAAAGGUGGCGCUAGUCUCAUCCUGUACAAAGAGGAUUAUGUCAACAAGGCGAAUGCAAUUUUCAGUGACACAAACGCCUACACUCUCCUCGCCGAAGAUUCGACGAAAAAGAGCGCUGUAGCCAUCAAGAAAAAGAUUACUCAGCUCGCCCGCCAAAAAGUGAUGAAACCUGAUGACGCCAUGUGGAUGAACCUCGGUAAUCCCCGCACCGAACGUGCAUAUGGUCUCCCAAAAGUGCACAAACCGGAUACUCCACUGCGGAUCAAAGUACCACUCAUUGGGUCACCCACUUACAAUAUGGUUGAGGUUGUACAGGAAUUUGAAUCACCUACCUCAUGGAUCAGAGCACAGCAUCAACAACUCACAGGCAUUCCUUCGUAG